AUGUCGGAGGAAGAACGAGCGCGACGGCGUCGAGAAAGACAAGCCAAAGCACUGGGACAGAACCCCGAUGCCUAUCUGGUAAUCAAAGACAAUUGUCUGCAAUGGGGGAGAGUGGAAAGAGAAAUGUUAAAUUGUCCGUCAGGAAGAUGUUCGUGUCAAGCGAACACCAACAAAACAGAUGCACAGGAUCCUGCCAUCUUUGAUUCAUUUUGGCCAAAUAUUGGUAGAGCAUUAGUAAUAGGACUUACACCAGAUACAUUCUAUUCAUUCACAGCAAGUUGUGUUGGAGCUGUGGAAAAUGAAACAAGGUUGUAUCGAACAGAUGUUGGUCGACCAUCAUCACCAGAAAAAUUUCAAGUUCAACAGAUUUCGACUAGUCUUCGUUUUAUCUGGUCACCUCCUCUGACUCCUGCUGGAGAUAAUUAUUUCUACCAGCUGUUAGUUUCUCAUGAAUCUACGACGGUCAACUUACCAACUACUACGUUGAUGUACGAAACAACGGUUGACUUUAUUCCAGGUAGCACUCAUAUAGCUUCCAUCGAAGCAUGUAAUAUAGAUAACACCAAUUCUACAUUGGGUGCUACAUUACUUUUACUCGUUUCAUUUGGUGUCGGAGGUCCAGCAACUCCACGAAUAUUCUCAACUUUAGUUCCAGUACAAGGUUCAAAAGCAGACAAUGGAAGUAUGUAAUUUUCAAAUCCUCUUUUCCACUAACGCAAACGCCAGUGAAAUCUUUGGAACAUGACAAUAUUUUUUGCUGCUUAAGAUAUCUUCCUCUAAGACGUUUGUAGAACGCAUGCUGCAUCCAUGUCUGUUCUACUCUUAUCCUGUCUGGACUUGUCCAGUUCUUGUCGAAUAAUGGCAUCUCGAUCUCGUUUGAAGGCAUGUGGGGGGGGGCUGAUAGUGCACUUGGUGAGGAAGCCAUAAUCGCGUCUCUCAGCUCUGAGGACACUGUUGACCUCCAUGAGCAAUUGCAUUCAGUGCAGGAGCAGGCUAUACUCGCGCUUGGGUGGCACCAUGGUGAGUGUGUCCGCAAUCCGUGUAGCAGCGGUUAUACAACCCAGACACUACUUUGGACUCGGCUUCAUCAUACUCAUGUUGUAUGUUCAACCGAUUUUGGGGCCUCGAACAUCUACCUCAAACUUUUGUUGACACCUGGAUAGGGUCCCUCGUUAGUUAUUUACAUUUUCAAGGUCAAUCUAGAAAUCAUGCGACAGAUGUUUUAUUUAUUUCACAUUCUUACUAAAGAGACUAGUAUGAAAAAAACGUUCGGUGUUGGCGUGAGUUUGUACUCAAUGCUCGUCCUCAAGCUCAUGCAAAAAUAUCUAAAUCCGAUGGACAGGUUUCUAAAAAUCAGAAAUUUAUAUCUGAUAUAGAGUCGACCGGUUUUUAACCGAUUGUUCUACGUAUUUAAUCUACCGAAUGCUUCGUUUUUGGAAAGCAGAAACUGAUCGAUCCGGUUGGAAAAAAUUCAACGGGUUCCAAUUCUCUAACGAGGGAACCUUUCGAGGUGGUAAAUCGCUUUUCGACUCACAUUAUUUUCAUCAUAUAGGGAAUAGUGAGUAGUGCAAAACCCCUAGUUGGUUUGUGCCCAUGCGCCUUUUUGACGAAGAUAUGAGUUAAUUAAUGAAAAUGUCAUUAAUGAUAAUUAAUCAAUAACUCACGACCCUGAUCAGUUAGAAGUCUGAAACUUUCACCAUUGGUGGAGAUGGAUAUUGCCUAAACACC